AAAGCUGUGAGGAUGAAUGGCGUUCACUAGCUGACCGUGGAGCGUUCACAGAGUCUUGUCAGUUCAUGUCAGUUACUGAGUGCAUUUCAGCGUACACAAAGAACAGCAAGGCAAGGCGGCACCAUCAGGAUUGGCUGCUGCAGCGCCAUUGCACACAGUAGCUCCGCCAAUGACGAGAUAUCCUCAGGAGACGCUAUAGUUUGAACUGGCCGGGUUUGCAGAAUUGGUCACGUAGCGGGAGUCUGUGGGCGCAGUAAGCUGACAGCUGCAUGCAGCACUGCCUCAUUUCUUUGAAGAACGUCAGCGGCGAUGAGGCAUCGUGCAGAAGGAGCUGCUGCUCGUCCCUGCACUGCGUUUGCAAGAUAUGUUAGCGACCGGAGAGCACGGGAAGUGACAAUGGUACCUUUUACCUUGCCGGAAAUGGUCAACAGCCGGAUCGGAAGCUCACUGAGCAUGUAAUCGCCAUCACAGAGUUCCGGUACGUCAUCACGAUUAGCGGACUUCAAACAGUGUCGUCCUGAAAAUGUGACAUUUAUUACCUGAGACCAUGAGUACCGUCGUACAAGACGGAAGCGGUGACUCAGCCGAACUCUGGCUCCCACGAGUUACCAUGUCUGGGCCCGUCCAGGGCGGACCCGUGGACGUUACCGAGGCAAUCCUCCAUAUGUUCAACGGCAGCAAUGUCAGUGACGUGGACUGGUACCAGGACAUUGACGCCAACAUGGGGAUCACCUCCCAGGCCCCAGACAUCGCCGUGGUCGCGCUCGGCAUGGUCUACUCCGUGUUCAUCCUGGUGUGCGGACUGGGUAACCUGGUCCUGGCGGCGGCCAUCUUCCGCUACAUGAGGCUGAGAACCACGGUGGACACGCUGAUAGGGAACCUCGCACUCUGCAACAGCGUGGUGGCCAUACUGUGCACCCCGUUCGAACUCGGCUACUAUGUGGCGAACGUGGGGUCGUGGCACUACGGCGCCGCUCUGUGCAGCGUGGUCAACUUCAUCAAGAUACUGGCCUUGAACCUCACCUCGUUUGUCCUACUGGCCAUAGCAUUUGAGAGAUUCCUAGUGAUUGCGAAGUCCAAGAAGCUGCAGCGGAAUCGGAACCAUUCUCUGUUGCCGCUGGCCUUCGUGUGGACCGCAGCGCUAUCCCUGGCCUCUCCGGGUGGCCACUUCGCCACCACGCUGUCCCUACCCGACAGCCCGGGCACGGUGUGCGGAGUGAGGUGGUUCAGCGACAACGGGGAGUCCGCCAUGGCCUACCACAUCAGCAUGGCCCUGCUGGGGUUCGUCCUGCCUGUGCUCGCCCAGGUCGCUCUCCACUCCUUCGUCGCGUUCAAAAUCCUCCACAGAGAGUUCCCCGGGCACAAGAACACUUCCCAUCGUACCAUGCGGCUCAAGUCCCGCCGCAAGAUGACCCGGAUGCUGCUGAUGUUCUGCGUGUAUUUCCUCUGCAUCGGUCCGUUCUACGUGGUCCCCAUGGUGCGGGAGGUGUCCAGCGAGGCUAAGAAGGUGAUCGACUCGUACGCAUCCGUCGUGUACGUGUUGGAAGGACUGGCUUCCAUCCACGGAGUCCUGAACACGGUGGUCUACAUCGCCUUCCACGACGCCAUCGUCAUGACCCUGAGACGUAUGUUCCGGGACUUGAGAAUGACAUUGACAGGACAGAAGGGGAACGGGGAAGCUUUGGAGCUCUAUGGCUACCCCAGAAGGGGCACCAUGUCCAAAUCACACGGGCACGGGCAGUCUACACACGCCACCCCUCUCUCUCCUGUCUCCCCCGUAUCUAUGACCUUCCCCCAUGAAGAGGUGACUUGCGUGUAGCAAGGAACACUUCGACAUUUUCAGAUGAGAUUAAACAUUCCUAGAACAAUAUAUCCUUGACUCUUCAAAGAUGUUAAGCGAAAUGGUCUGAAAGACAAACAGAUAAAUAUGUGCAAUAUUAUCAUGCUUGUUUUGGUCAAUGACAGACAAAAGUAUGUGUUUAAGGACGUAGGAGUUUAUAAAGCUAUAGGAGAUAUACUUCAGGCUUUUAGAAAGCCGCAUGUGAUCGGAGCCAUAUAAAGGAUAUUUCCAGCAGCAGUUGUGAACGAAAAAAACAUUAUCUCCCUCCUUUACGUGCAAUCAGACGUUAUGCCAAACGCUUAAAUAACGGAUCAGUUCCUGUAACCGCCGAAUGAACCACAGAAUCAUCAGGGUGGAACUUUGAAGUUGUUUUAUGUUUGGCUUUGUAAGUUUUCAAACCGGUUGAAAUCAUCCGUAGCACUCAAAAAUUCGUUUGAUAUCAUUUAAUCAUGCAGCCGUCCGUCCCUACCAACUGUUAGGACAGUGAAAUGCGGCCAUCACGAGGCUUAAAAAUACAUUGAGAUAAUUGCGUUCUUCUUUGAUCUUAUGUAAGCUGACAUCCACGCCAUUUAGAGCCAGAUGGUUCCGCUGUCAAAGGAACGUUUGAUUGAACAGAUCUGGCAGGCACCGAUGCCUAUAGCCUGUUUCUUUUCAUUCCAGUCACUGGAAAAUAUAGUAGUUGACGGAAAGGCCAUUCCUUAUUAGCUCCUUAACUAACACAUUGUCCCUAGCGAGCUACCGCCAGUGGCCUCACAUGGUAGUACACGUGUUCUCACUGCACACACAACAUUUCCAUAGCCGGCACUUAAAACCACUUCUUAUCACUUAACUCUGUAGAAGCCAUAAUGUCUUACGAACUCAGACUGAGUCACGACGUAAGAGUGGUAACAUGUAAGAGGAGUUUGGAACCGCAGCAAUGCCAGAUGCUACUGUAAAGCAUAUCCUGAUCCUGAACUUUGCAGUGUGCUUGUUUUGUCGCGGAGCAUGGAGCUUACACAUGUG